AUGGAUUAUAUCGAUGGAUUAGGAUUAUCUCAUACAAUUUUAUUGGUACAACCCGGUCCGAGGCCCGAAACGAGGACGUAUUCGGACUACGAAAGCGUCAACGACUGUAUGGAAGGCGUUUGUAAGAUUUACGAAGAACAUUUAAAGAGGAGGAAUCCGAAUACGCCUACGAUAACGUACGAUAUAUCGCAACUGUUUGAUUUCGUUGAUCAGCUUGCAGAUCUUAGUUGCUUGGUUUACCAAAAAUCAACAAACACAUACGCGCCGUACAACAAAGACUGGAUAAAAGAGAAAAUCUACGUCCUCCUACGCCAAGCGGCCGGUCAGAGCGAUUAAAAUACACAUUUGGUGUGAUAAAUUUGUAUAUAAAAUGUAUUUGAGCACAUUGGACAAUUAGUUGACGGUUUUGUGAAAAAAAUUGUACGCCGGACAUGUCAGAAGCCAGUUUAAGUAUAUAUGUACUUAGAAAUUGGUAAUAAUACGUAAAAAUACCUAUAAAACAUAUGUUUAUCAAUAGGUGCUAUGUAUUGGCUGCUGUAAUAUGCACAGAAACACUCAGGUAAUUGUCGAUAAAGUAAAAUAUGAGAUAUAAAGUUGACUUGUAAUGUUAAUCAUGUCAGAUAAU